GCUCAAACAGGAAACUGGCUGGCUCGCUGUUCAGUAUUUCUCGGAGGAAGGAGUCUGUCCACAAAUUUCACCGUUGACUGGACUGUUUAUGUUUCGGGGUUACAUCACUGGGCUAGCUGAAGAGGUAGCUAAAGAACUAAAGCAUACAUUUUAGAUACACACAUUAACAUCAACAACUGGAAACAGUGCAACGACCUCGUCAUCGUUAGAUAGCUAGCUUGUGAGCUAGCUUAGCUGCCAACUUUUCAUUCAUUACUGCCCGAUCACUUUCUUUGUUGCAGCUAACGGAUAUCCUCAUCACAACAGAUCUAGGCAGUAGUGAGAUGCCUGUGUGAUUACUUGUCCCACUCACGCUCCAAAAUAUCAAGUACAAGGGAACCACAUAACUGGAGAAACAGAUGAAUUGGUGCUGCAACUAAGCUAUUCUUGUCUCCUUGGCCCUUGAGUGAAAUGGUGGUGGUGGCGUAGGUGAUAAAUGUGUGAGGAGAAAGCCCCUGUGGUCCUCUUGCUGCAUCGCACACUUCCUCAUGGAUUCCAGCAAUGAUGAGGCACUCGAUAUCAUUAUCACCAAUGUGGUGGCAACAUUUAGGGUUAGGUGCCACCUCAACCUACGUACCAUCGCCUUAGAGGGAAACAAUGUCAUCUAUAAGCCGGAAGUAGGGAAAGUCCUGAUGAAGCUUCGUAAGCCCAAGAUAACAGCUUCAAUCUGGUCCUCAGGGAAAAUCAUCUGCACAGGAGCCACAAGUGAGGAUGACGCAAAGCUGGGUGCUCGCAGGUUAGCCCGUGUUCUGCAGAAAAUGGGCUUCAGGGUGAGGUUUUCAGCCUUCAAAGUUGUGAAUGUUCUGGCAGUGUGCUCCAUGCCCUUUGCAAUCCACCUUAUAGACUUUACAAAGAACAACCGACCCAUUGCCAGUUAUGAACCGGAGCUCCAUCCUGCUGCCACCUACAGGAUCAAACAUAUUAAAGCUACCAUCCAGGUGUUCUCUACUGGCAGUAUCACACUUACAGGACCAAAUGUGCAGAACGUGGCAACAGCUGUUGAGCAGGUGUACCCGCUACUGUUCGAGUGUAGGAAACCCCUCCGCAAAUAAAACAAACGUGUCAAAGACAGAGACAACGGAGGAAAGAGACGACAAUUCUGAUUUGUUACACGUGAGGAAGCACCUUAUCCUCGGGUUUUAUUUGCUUGACUUUACCGUUACGUGUCUACAAACUUCUAACACAACAGACUGGAUGUCACCUGGAUUUAAACUUUUAACAGCUUCCCUCUCACGAAGUGUCUCUGUUGUUGUGGAUUAUGUGGCUAUUGUGAUUUUAACAGCCUAGACUUACACGUUUGUCUUUCAAACAUCACAUUCUUCAGUGGAAACUGCUCUUCCAGACCUGCCUGACAUUUAUUUGCUCUUGUUCCUCGUUUGCUCGGGGUGUUUUUGCAUGGACACUGAAAGACCAGUUUUUAACAGUCUAACCGUUUUAACGCUGAACUGUUGUGACCAUUACAUAGGGUCAUUAGGUCAACGCUGAGAUGCCUCAUCUUUAACUCGAUCUACAAGAAGUCGCCCAAUGUGCCAGUUUUUCUAAAAUAACCUCCGUCCAUGGCUCUUUUUAGACGUGUUAACGCAAAGACAAGGCGUCCUCUGUAUUAUCCAUAUUUCUGCCCAAUAAGGAAAACAUCCGUCAAACCAGAGACUGAGGCUGCAGAGGCUGACACUGCAGUUCCUUAUGGGCACAUAUCCGCUCACAAAAAGCAUUAAUCUCUAACUUGUUGCUUUUAAUUUGUUCAUUACUUGGUUUGGUUGUCGGUUUACUAUAAAUGUGUUCUUUCUUAACUACGGUGUUGGAUCAGAACUCGCACAAGUUGAGUUUCUUGUGAUUCAUAAUAAAGGUUUUAAACAAGGCAAAUGUAAAAAAAAACGACAACUUUGAAGCGGUAUAAUGAAAUGUUUUAUGUGUGUCACCAUAGAAGACUCACAGGUUUUUAACUAAACAGAAUUUAUGGUUAAUCCCAGGUCAUUGGUGCUGACACAAGGCAAGGAAUAGUUAUGAAACACCGUCCAUCGUUAGUCUUUGAAAUUGCUCAAGAAGCACAGAAUAGAGUAACAGAAACUCUUUAAAAAAAAGUUUUUAAAAAAGAGUCAUUUUUUUUUAGUAAGGAACUCCUAAUCUCCAAAGCAGCCGUUCCAUUUCACAGUGUUCAGAGGUAAUGACAAUGGCACUAGCCAGUCCCCCCAAAAAAGCAACACUUCACAGAUGAUCAUUCUCCUGAACAACCGAUAACAAAGUGUUUUUAAUUGGGACAACCUAAUGUCAGGCAACAGAUGUAUGUAUAUAAUAGAGGCAUCUGAUGGAAACAUGUUGAUAUAGCCGUUGACAUGUCGUCUUAAGUAUGUGCGAUGGACUUUUUGAACUAGUGUCUACUGAACAUUUGUGACACUUGUUCAGAAUUUUGUAUUUUGUAUAAAAAUAAAGGAUCAACAAUUAAAACUA